AUGUUAAGCAUAAUUUCUAACGCACUUUGCAGAAUCACAGGCCGAAAUGUGGGAGCACAGACAGUCUCAGAGCUUCUUAUCGACCUGUCAGAGUUCGUGAGUUUGUCGUCAGGGGAGCCGCAGAUGCGCAGACUCCCUCCUGAGCCGCCUCCUCCAGCCGCAGAUAGAGCUGCAGAGUUAGAGGCUGUAGACCACACUGCUGCGCAGGUCGUGGUCUCCCGCUCGUUUACAGAGUUCACUCCUGAAGUCUCGUUCAGCAUCAAAAAAUGUGAUGUGCACGGUCUGGAGGAGGCUCCGACCGAAACCGCAGUCCUGACCCGGGACCAGGGCCUCGGCUUCUAUCGCUCCAUGCAGACGAUCCGCCGCAUGGAGCUGAAGGCCGACCAGCUCUACAAGCAGAAGAUCAUCAGGGGCUUCUGCCACCUCUACGACGGACAGGAGGCGUGUGCCGUGGGGCUGGAGGCGGCCAUAGAGAGAACAGACCACCUGAUCACGGCGUACAGAGCUCACGGCUUCACCUACACCAGAGGCGUGUCGGUCAAACAGAUCCUGGCGGAGCUCACCGGGCGCAAAGGGGGCGUGGCCAAAGGGAAGGGCGGCUCCAUGCACAUGUACGCGCCGCACUUCUAUGGAGGGAAUGGCAUCGUCGGCGCACAGGUUCCUUUGGGUGCUGGCAUCGCUCUGGCCUGUCAGUAUCAAGGCAACAAUCAGAUUUGUGUGUCCCUGUACGGAGACGGAGCGGCCAAUCAGGGUCAGCUGUUCGAGGCCUACAACAUGGCCGCCCUGUGGAAGCUGCCCUGUAUAUUUGUGUGUGAGAAUAACCGGUACGGGAUGGGCACCGCCGUGGAGCGCGCCGCAGCCAGCACAGAAUACUACAAGAGAGGAGGCUACAUCCCAGGACUGAGGGUGGAUGGGAUGGAUGUUCUCUGUGUUCGAGAGGCCACGAAGUUUGCUGCAGACCACUGUCGAUCGGGGAAGGGACCAAUUCUAAUGGAGCUUCAGACGUAUCGCUAUCACGGCCACAGCAUGAGCGACCCGGGAGUCAGUUACCGGACGCGGGAGGAGAUCCAGGAAGUGCGGACCAAGAACGACCCAAUCUCCAUGCUCAAAGAACGAAUGCUCAGCAACAACAUGGCGUCUGCAGAAGAGUUCAAGGAAAUUGACAUUGAGAUCCGAAAAGAGGUGGAGGAAGCGGCUCAGUUUGCGACGUCAGACCCGGAGCCCCCGCUGGAAGACCUGUGCAGCUACAUCUACCACAACAGCCCCUCCAUGGCGGUCCGAGGAACUCACCCCUGGGCCAAACUGGUCUCGGCGGGAUCCAGCUGA